AAAACCAGAAUGGAUGUUCAAACAUGGUAUUUGAGAACUUCAAAAGUGGCUCUGGCCUUGGCAAUUAUCCGCUCAAAACCAGCAGACAAAACCAGCAGAGAAUAUACAGAGCACCUGGCCACGCUGGUGUCUGAGCGGGAGUCCAAAUGGAGAUCAAAAGUGGAAGCUUUGGAAACAGAAGUUCUGCAAUUACGUCAAAAACUUCUUCUGAGUACGAUUUGUUCAGGAUUGCUUAAGGAUGGAAAGCUGCCAUCUCAGGAACCUCUAAGUUCUGAAAGUACAUUGACUUUGAUGGAUGAUUCUGGGUGUGAUUUAUCAAAUGAGCAAAGAACUGAACCUUUAGAGCCAUCCUUGGAUUCUACAGAGAGUUGUAUCUCUCUGCCCUUUCUACCAUUGCCUCUUGUGAAAAAGCCUCAUACUACUCCAGAAAAUCCUCUGUCUUCUCACAUGCAGUUCUUGCAACAUCUGCUUGAACUUAAGAAAUUCAUGGAAUCGGGUACCCUGAAAACAGACUUAACUCAUUUUGAAAAAGACUCUUCCACCAUCUCAGAUUCUGUUUUGCAGUUGCUAGAUGGUUUGAUCACUUUUUACCAUAAUCCCAGACUUCCUUUUUCAAACUUUUGGACAGAAGCUGUUGGUACUCUGGCUCAACUGGCAAGCGAUUGCAAUUUGUCUAAUCUUAUAGUUAAAAAGUGUUAUAAGAAGUUGGAAGAAUUCAAGAAAACCCUACUACAGGCUAUUUUAGAGACCAGCAAUAUAAAUCGGUUUCAGGUACAACAUUAUCUCUCUAAGAGUCUGGUAAUCCUGGGAAGUUGCAGCCUGUUGAGAAAAUCUAUUGUACCUCUACUUCUAUCAGAAAUUAACAGCUUUACUGAUUAUCUUGAAGCCAUCAAUCAGGUACAAGCCACUUAUGAUGUAACACGCUAUGAAAAUAUUUUCUUUCUCUUGUGGAUUCUGGAGCAGCUUCUUCAAAUAGAAACGAAAGAGCACAGUUCAUGUAUAGAUCAUGAUGACCCAGAAAUCAAGAAAUUUCUUCAGAAGCUUGAUGGAACUGUCUUCCAACUCUCUGAUGCAUUUCCUUUAUUUACAUUUUAUUUAUGGAGACUGGGCAUUCUCUUGAACUCAGCUAAAAUGGAAAUUGUUGGAAGUAGUGCACUUCCUUAACAGUUUACCAAAUAGUACCAGAGACCACUCUUAAAUUUUUCCUAGGAAUAUUUUUACAUGAGCAUUUUUAAUUACUCUCAUUGCAAUUGUUAAUUAAAUGUAAUGGUUCACUUUAAGUUGUGUGUAAAGGGUUAUGUCAUUUUUCUAUGUAAAAAAUCCAUCCAUUUUAGUUGAGAAUGCCCUUUUUCUUACUAUAUAAUUGUAUCUUAUGUCUGACACUUGUAAUCUUAGCUUUAUUAUUCUCUAAAAUAGACCAUUUAUUGUCUGUCUCAUUCAAAAAAAUGUUCAGUUGUGAAAUAUGUUCUUGUAAUAGAUGCCAAAUGAUAGAAAAAUGGGUCUUAAACUUUUGUCACUUUAAACAG